UUUGAGUCGGUGGAAUGAAUGAUGAGCGUGAUCGGUCUAGUGCGUUCACAAAGCCCAAGAAUUAACGAGAUUUACACGCACAGCCGCAAUAAGCCCCCACCCCAGAACCCCCAAACCACCCUUUUUUCCUCCUUUCGCUUUCGAUUGCGUUAAUUCGAAGCGUAAUCUGCAGACAGCUGUUGGUACUCUCUCCCCGCUUUAGCCCGCCCGCAACUACUCGCACGCCUGCACUUCCCAUCGUCUCCGGCGGAAGAAUCAAUCUGCCAUUGCUCUCUCGGCGGAGCUUCGAUGCCUUGAAGAUCCGAUUGCUACAGAGAGAGGGGGUGGGAGAGACAGAUUGGGGGUUUUAGGGUUUGGGGAGCCUGAGACACAUGGCGGCCUCGGGGCAGUCCCUCAGGUUCUGCGGCCCCGGCUCCGCCGGACCCAGUGGAGGAAGUUUUGACGCGCUCAAUCGCAUCCUUGCUGACCUCUGCACCCGUGGCAGCCCCAAGGAUGGGGCUUCGUUAGCAUUGAAGAAGCAUCUGGAAGAAGAAGCCCGUGACCUCAGCGGAGAAGCAUUUUCGCGUUUCAUGGAUCAGUUGUAUGAUCGAAUUUCAUCUCUACUGGAGAGCAGUGAUGUUGCAGAAAAUUUGGGAGCUCUAAGAGCUAUUGAUGAGUUGAUAGAUGUGGCACUGGGAGAGAAUUCCUCCAAGGUUUCGAAGUUUGCUAACUACAUACGGACUGUUUUUGAGGUAAAGCGUGAUCCGGAUAUUCUGGUGCUUGCUAGUAGAGUUCUGGGCCAUCUUGCUAGGGCAGGGGGAGCAAUGACUGCAGAUGAAGUGGAACGCCAGAUAAAAAUUGCUCUGGAUUGGUUGCGGGGAGAUAGAGUUGAGUAUCGCCGUUUUGCUGCUGUCUUGAUUUUGAAAGAAAUGGCAGAAAACGCUUCAACAGUGUUCAAUGUUCAUGUGCCUGAAUUUGUUGAUGCUAUUUGGGUUGCUUUGAGGGAUCCAGUGUUGCCUAUUCGAGAGCGAGCUGUGGAAGCUCUACGUGCUUGCCUUGGUGUUAUUGAGAAACGUGAGACACGCUGGCGUGUGCAAUGGUAUUAUCGUAUGUUUGAGGCUACCCAAGAUGGGUUGGGUAGAAAUGCUUCCAUUCACAGCAUACAUGGUUCUUUGCUUGCAGUUGGAGAACUUUUAAGGAAUACAGGUGAAUUUAUGAUGUCUAGGUACAGGGAAGUUGCCGAAAUUGUCCUUAGAUAUCUUGAGCACCGGGACAGGCUGGUUCGCCUGAGCAUAACUUCGCUGCUACCUCGAAUUGCUCAUUUUCUGCGUGAUCGAUUUGUCACAAACUACUUAACGAUAUGUAUGAAUCAUAUUCUUGCAGUUUUGCGAAUACCGGCAGAACGCUCCAGUGGUUUUAUUGCCCUUGGGGAGAUGGCUGGUGCUUUGGACGGGGAACUUGUCCAUUAUUUGCCGACAAUAACGUCUCAUUUACGUGAUGCGAUUGCUCCACGUAGAGGUAGACCCUCUCUUGAGGCUUUGGUUUGUGUUGGAAACAUAGCAAAAGCAAUGGGGCCGGCUAUGGAACCUCAUGUUCUUGGUCUUUUGGAUGUUAUGUUCUCUGCUGGUCUUUCCCCUACGCUUGUUGAGGCACUUGAGCAAAUAACUACCAGUAUUACAUCUUUGCUUCCUACCAUCCAAGAUCGGUUACUUGACUGCAUUUCGGCGGUUCUUUCAAAAUCCUACCAGUCUCAGGGAAGGUCGGCUGUUGGCAUGGGUAGAGGAAAUUUAAUGAAUGUCCCUCAGCCAGCGUCAGACCUCAGUGGUUCAGCCCUUGUGCAGCUUGCUUUGCAGACUUUAGCUCGUUUUAAUUUCAAGGGCCAUGACCUUCUUGAGUUUGCAAGAGAAUCAGUUGUUGUAUAUUUGGAUGAUGAUGAUGGAGCCAUCCGGAAAGAUGCUGCCCUAUGUUGUUGCAGAUUAGUUGCAAAUUCCUUUUCUGGUAUGCAAUAUGCAUCUGGUAGGGCAAAUCGGGGAAAGCGACGACGUCUUAUUGAGGAGAUUGUGGAAAAGCUUCUCAGUGAAGCUGUUGCAGAUGCUGAUGUUAUUGUUCGUCAUUCAAUAUUUUCCUCCCUUCAUGGGAAUAGAGGUUUUGAUGAUUUUUUGGCGCAGGCUGAUAGUCUGAGCGCAGUUUUUGCUGCUUUAAAUGAUGAGGAUUUUGAGGUUCGAGAGUUUGCAAUUUCUGUGGCUGGGAGGUUGUCAGAAAAAAACCCUGCUUAUGUUCUUCCAGCACUUCGUCGGCAUCUUAUACAGUUGUUGACUUACCUGGGGCAGAGUGCAGAUACCAAAUGCCGGGAAGAAAGUGCGAAGUUACUGGGUUGUUUAAUACGAAACUGUGAACGACUAAUACUUCCAUACAUUGCUCCGAUACACAAGGCACUUGUUGCAAGACUUAAUGAUGGCACUGGUGUGAACGCAAAUAAUGGCAUUAUUAGUGGAGUUCUUGUAACUGUUGGGGAUCUGGCUAGAGUGGGUGGUUUUGCAAUGCGAAAAUACAUUCCUGAGCUUAUGCCUUUAAUUGUUGAUGCUUUAUUGGAUGGAGCAGCCGUCACCAAACGGGAAGUGGCUGUCGCUACUCUUGGUCAAGUUGUACAGAGCACUGGGUAUGUCAUAACUCCAUACAAUGAAUAUCCACUGUUACUUGGCUUACUCUUGAAGUUACUGAAUGGUGAAUUAGCAUGGUCUACAAGACGUGAAGUACUAAAGGUUCUCGGAAUUAUGGGCGCUCUAGAUCCUCAUGUGCAUAAACGAAAUCAGCAAAGCCUGCCUGGGUCACAUGGAGAUGUUACCCGUAGUGCGAGUGAAUCUGGUCAACACUUUCAGUCUGUGGAUGAAUUGCCUAUGGACCUUUGGCCAUCAUUUGCAACCUCAGAAGACUAUUAUUCUACGGUUGCAAUCAACUCGCUCAUGCGUAUACUUAGGGACCCUUCACUUGCUACUUACCACCUAAAGGUGGUCGGAUCUCUUAUGUUCAUAUUCAAGUCAAUGGGUCUUGGUUGUGUUCCAUACUUACCAAAGGUUUUACCUGAUCUCUUACAUAUAGUCCGGACAUGUGAUGAUGCUUUAAAGGAUUUUAUAACAUGGAAGCUUGGCACACUAGUGUCUAUUGUGCGUCAGCAUAUUCGGAAAUAUCUGCAUGAGUUGCUCGUUCUAAUUUCAGAACUAUGGUCAACCUUCAGUUUUCCUGCUGCUGGCCGUCCUCAACUUGGUUAUCCAGUUCUGCAUCUGGUGGAGCAGCUUUGCUUGGCUCUCAAUGAUGAAUUUCGAACAUACCUUCCUGAUAUUCUUCCAUGUUGUAUUCAAGUUCUAAGUGAUGCAGAACGGUAUAACGAUUAUACUUAUGUUCUGGACAUCCUCCGUACCCUUGAAGUGUUUGGUGGAACAUUGGAUGAACAUAUGCAUCUUCUUCUUCCUGCACUCAUUCGCUUGUUUAAAGUUGAUGCUUCAGUGGACAUAAGACGUGCUGCUAUUAAAACUUUGACGAAACUUAUUCCUCGUGUGCAGGUUGCUGGUCACAUAUCUUCUCUCGUGCAUCACUUAAAGCUAGUGUUAGAUGGCAAGAACGAUGAGCUCCGGAAGGAUGCUGUUGAUGCCCUUUGUUGUCUAGCUCAUGCUCUUGGGGAGGACUUCACAAUUUUUAUCCCAUCAAUACACAAACUUCUGCUGAAACAUCGUUUAAGGCAUAAGGAAUUUGAGGAAAUUGAAGGGCGGUUGAAGCGACGUGAACCUCUAAUUUUGGGGAGUACAACUUUUCAAAGAUUAAGCAGACGGCUUCCAGUAGAGGUUAUUACUGACCGUUGGAAUGAUUUAGAGAUUGACCUUUAUGAUAAUGGGUCAGAUAUGCAGAAACAACUUCGAGGCCAUCAGGUCAAUGAUGGUCGAUUACGCACUGCUGGGGAGGCUUCUCAGCGCAGUACCAAAGAAGAUUGGGCAGAAUGGAUGAGACAUUUUAGUAUUGAACUUCUGAAGGAAUCUCCUUCUCCUGCCCUACGAACCUGUGCAAGGCUUGCACAGUUGCAGCCAUUUGUUGGGCGGGAGCUAUUUGCAGCUGGUUUUGUCAGCUGUUGGGCACAGCUGAACGAGACUAGUCAGAAACAGUUAGUUCGAAGUUUGGAGAUGGCAUUUUCAUCCCCAAAUAUACCUCCUGAAAUUUUGGCAACACUUCUUAAUUUGGUAUGUCUUUUUCAUUAUAUUAUAACUGGACAUGAAUCAUGUGAUUUUAGCUUGGAAUGCUUAAAGCCUCUGUUGCAUGAUUACAUUUACAUAUUUGUAUGUACGAAUGUAUAUAGUUUUCUCUGUUGAGGGUGUCCAUUUAUA